UGAGCGCAUAGUUGAAUAUUUCACGUCAUCAAUACAAGAAACAGACGGCUCUGGUGGUCAAAAACAAGAAAAAGCUGACGUUAGGCAGCAAGUUAUAUAUUCGUCUGAAUGUAUAACUUAGCUAGCUAAGGACAUCCAAACAGAUAACGUUAUAAGAUAGGUAAGAGUGAAAACAAAAGUCAACGUUACACGGGCGUCGGAGUGAUAGGAAGAGGGCAACUUUUCCCCGGAAAGACCAAUCUUUGAACCCUCCUAGGUUCAAAUCAUGGCGUGUGGAGCGACCCUGAAAAGGACCAUGGAUUUUGAUCCAUUGAUGAGUCCGACGUCCCCUAAAAGGAGAAGAUGUAUUCCGGUGUCCCCAUCAUCAUCCUCCUCAUCACCACGGAAAUACCUUCGCAUGGAGCCAUCACCAUUUGGAGAAGUGUCAUCCAGACUAUCAGCUGAGCAAAUUCUGAACAACAUCAAGCAGGAGUACAAACGCAUUCAGAAGAGAAAGCACAUAGAUGGAGUUUACCAACAGACAGAGGGUUGCUACUCGCCAGAGUCUCCACCCCAUCUUAGUGGAUCCAGUAUGCCAGGCACAUCUGCUGGAGGUUCUUCUCCAUCAAAGAAAGAACAGCCCUUAUUUACUCUUAGACAAGUUGGAAUGAUUUGUGAACGUUUACUGAAGGAGCGUGAAGACAAAGUGCGGGAGGAAUAUGAGGAGACCAUGACUUCCAAGUUGGCAGAACAAUAUGACACUUUUGUGAAGUUUACACAUGACCAGUUGAUGCGAAGAUUUGGAGAACAACCUGCAAGCUAUGUUUCCUGAGAGACCGACUUUGCUAGGCGAGUUAUCGAGUUUAAAUCUUUGGAAAUCCCUGCAAGAGAUUGGUUUAAUGAAACGUCUUACUGUGCCAUAUUUCUCCUUUAGGCAAAGGUUUAUCUAAGCCGUUGUCAGUGGUAAUCUCUCUCUCACGUAAGCAACUAGGUGCUUCCUAAUGUAAUUUUAUGGACCCCCUCUACCAGUGGCCUACAUUUCUCCUGCUGUACCUGUAUCGAUAAGUCGUCACUCUCUUACUUUUAUAAAGACAUCUGGCAUUCCAGACUUUAUUCACCGUUUUAUUUCUUUGUUACACGAUAAAGGAAUGUAGACAAAGGUUUGCUGGUCAAUCUAUUAGCAAGUGGAAGGUACGGUUUGGAGAAGAUAAUUUGCAAUGCCCCAGAGCCUUUUUGUAUGGGACUUUACAAAGACUAACUUCAAUUCAUUAGAUUUUUUCCACUUUCAAAAUGUUAUUUAUUUAAUUGACUGUUUUGCUUUCAAACCUAUGUACUUCGUAGAAAAACCAAACAAUAAAAUGUUAAGUUUCAUGUCGUCA